AUGUCGGCCAAGACGAUGUUCUACGCGUUUGCCGUCGUAGCAUUGGCCGCGGUCUGGUCGGCCGCGGCUCUGCCACUGGUCGUCGACGAUGUCACGUCACCCGCCAUCGUGAAGUCAAACGUCGACGUUGAGGCCUCGUCAGGCCAGGUGGUUCAGAAGCAGGAGUCCGAACAGCAGCAGACGGAGGGCACGGACGCGUCGGUUCUGCAAACGGACGUGACCGCAUCGUCCCCGGACGUGCAGCAGUCCAGUCAAACGGAAGAAGUGACUGUUGGAUCGGCAGUUCCAGUGGUUGGAACCGACACUGCCUCACCAGAAGUCUCAAACUCGAAGGCCGAAUCCGACGUUUCCACCACGGCCACCGACGUUGAAAGAACGAACAGCGUCGCCGGAACCAACUCGCCCAGUCCCGUCACCGGAACCAACUCGCCAAUCCCUUACCCUUCCAGCUCCGAUGCCAAACCCAACCCAUCUGUCCCCGUCCACGGCCAAACGCCCAAACCGUACUACACGGGUAGCGUGCAGACUGUGAAACUAGGACCUAACAUGCCGUUCUUUUUGGAAUUUUUCCAGCCUUUCCAGUCCUUCCAACCUUUCCAGCCAUUCCAGCCUAUGGUUCCCAACCAUGAGCAACCACCGUUCAGACACCAACCGAUUCCGUUCGGCACUCCCAUCGACCCGUUCGCCAACCCUAUGAAUGCCCAACCUUUCAACCAGAUGGUUGAAGCGUACACCAACGACUUCAGAAGCAUGAUGGAAUCUUUCGACAAAUUGGGCCUUCCGCCAUUAGAAAGUGUGGGCGUCAAACAAGAAGAUCCGACCAAGCCCGUGAGGAAGACUACGUCCAAGACCGAGAUCAUUGACGGACACAGAGUCCAAAUAAACGAAACUACGGUCAGCGGCGGAGACGAAAACCACAAGAGUUUCUACCAUUUCAAAGAGAUCCAGUGGAGACAAACGAAAUCAAACCGUACGUAUAUCAUGACAAAUCAUGACAACCGGACGAACUUUGUUAAAAAGACACCGGCCGGACCCGUCCCUCUGGACGAUCAAUUCCAGACUGCCGCGGCCAGCUACUACGCGCCUUACGCUCCGAUGUUCCGGUCGCAUCAACAGCCACCAACCGGCCAUUUGCAGCAGAAGCAGUACCACGGAUCGUAUAUGAUGCCGAACCAGGGCUUUUACCCGGUACCGAACCAAGUCCCUUACCCUGCACCGAACCAAGGUCAUUACCCGGCACCGAACCAAGGCCAUUACCCGGCACCUAACCAAGGCUAUUACCCGGCACCUAACCAAGGCUAUUACCCGGCACCUAACCAAGGUUAUCACCCGGCACCAAACCGAAUACCGCAUCCAGCCCAGAACCACGGAUCGCGUCCGCAUCAACAGCCAAUCAGCUUGGAAGGCGACACUCUGGUCAACGAGCUGGUCGCGGCCCAACAGCAAGCGAACGGCGGCACGGUGUUGCCGCCCAACGUGGAAUUUGUGGACGUGAACGGCAAACCGCAACCCAGCGGCGAGUAUUAUCACUACAACAGCCAACAGCACCACCACCACAACAACAACAACAACAACAUCAACGACAGCGGAAAUCGCGGUCAUGACAAGUUUCCCGGCCGUAAGUACUGA